AUGAACGGAGGAGUUCAUGCAGAUCAUCACUUGAGAUGGAUUAAUGGGAGAGGUGCCGGGGGAAUGCAGCAGGGCAAUGGGAAUGCCAAUUCAAGCCCAAUGAGUCCAAGUUCAAGUCCAAGGAGUUUCUUCAAGCAGCAGCAGCAGCAUCAUCAUAAAUAUGGAAGCGCGGAUAGACAGUACUUGUCGGGAUAUGGAAGCCGGAUGGAUCAUUAUUAUUCCGACGGGGCUUCUGGUACUGCCGCCACCUCCCAGCUGGGCGCAAGCAGCACUGCGCAUGCCGGAAAGAGAAGCAGCAUGGAUGGGAUUGGGCUGAUGAGCGGUAGGGCUUCUUCAUCAGUGGUGUCUAACAGUGGAAUCAGCAGGAUGUGGUUCUCAUCAAACUCAUCAUAUUCAUCAAUGGGUAACAAACUCCCUCCCUUACAGAAGAAGCUGGAGUGCACGCUCGAGGAGUUGUGCCAUGGAUGCGUCAAGAAGGUCAAGAUCACUAGAGACGUCAUUACUACCACAGGAGAAAUAAUUCAAGAAGAGGAGGUGUUGACAAUAAAAGUGAAGCCAGGAUGGAAGAGUGGAACAAAGAUUACAUUCGAAGGAAUGGGGAACGAGAGGCCAGGGACUCACCCCGCAGACAUAAUAUUCUCGAUAGUGGAGAAAUGGCACCCCUUGUUUAGAAGAACAGAAGGCGAUGAUCUUGAGUUGGCAAUAGAAAUCCCUCUGGUCAAUGCUCUCACCGGUCUCGCCUUGUCAUUUCCUUUGCUGGGUGGAGAGAGGAUGGACUUGAGGAUUGAUGAUAUCAUAUACCCUGGCUACGAAAAGAUCAUUGCAAGCCAAGGCAUGCCAAACCUUAGAGAACAAGGAAGAAGGGGAGACUUGAGAGUUAAAUUCCUAGUUGAAUUUCCAAUGGAUCUCACCGAUGAACAACGAUCCGAUGUUCUUUGUAUUUUACAGGAUUGCUGUUGA